AUCCGACAAAAUCAAAUACGAAAUUAUGGUACACAGGGCAAGGAACAUUAAGGACGUUAAAAACACCGACUUGCGCACUGGUAAAUCCAGAUGGGAAAACAUUGAAAUCGUUCGGGUACGAUGCUGAAAACGAAUAUAGAGAAUUACUUGAUAACGGAGAAGACGAAAAUUAUUAUUUCUUUAAACGGUUUAAAAUGAAACUCUAUUCUAAGAUUGGCAAAGACUUAAACAGAGACAUGACAAUCGAAGACGAAUCUGGCAGGCAACUUUUAGCAGCUAAUUUAUUUGGAAUGUCAGUCAAAUUCUUGGUAAAUGACAUGCUGACAAGCGCUAACAAGGGAAUAGAUGGCAUCAUCAGACCCUCUGAAAUUAACUUGGUUCUAACAGUUCCUGCAAUAUGGUCCGAUGCUGCUAAGCAAUUCAUGCGCGAAGUUGCUAAAGAGGCUGGUAUAUGUAAAGAGCAACUAACAAUUGCACUGGAGCCCGAAGCGGCUUCGUUGUAUUGUAGACAUUUGCAUAUUUAUAAACCUGGUGAGCUGCUUGGCAAUGUAUCCAUGAACAAUUUACCAAUUGGCACUAAAUACAUUGUCGUUGAUGCAGGAGGUGGAACAAUAGACGUUACAGUGCACGAGACGGGAAGUGAGCAUACGUUGAGGGAAUUGAGACCUGCAAGUGGUGGCGAUUGGGGAAGCAUAAUGAUUGACAAGGAAUUUGAAAAUUUGCUUAAACGUAUAGUAGGACAAACUGUUUUUGAGAAAUUCAAACUUGAAGACAAGGAGGAUUGGCUUGACAUGCAACGAGAAUUUGAGUCACUAAAACAACAGACGGUUGUAAACAGUGAAAUAAAAAGAGGAAUGAAAAUACCUUCGUUUUUAAUUGAUCUUUACAAUCAAAACUCACAACUUGACCUUUGUGCUUCAUUAGCAUGGUCUCAGUAUGCAGGUCUGAUUGCACUUAAAAGGGAUAAGAUGAUGAUUUCUAACAAGGUCUUAAAACAACUAUUUGACCCGUCAGUGACAAAGACGGUUGGCCAUCUGAAGUCAGUGCUGUCUGACGGUUCACUGAAAGAUGUGAGACUUUUGCUUAUGGUUGGUGGUUAUUCUGAAUCGCCCGUAUUACAACACGCAGUAAAAGAAGCAUUGCCUGGUAUUAAAGUCGUGACACCUGUUGACGCUUCAUCAGUAGUAUUAAGAGGUGCUCUAAUAUAUGGACACACUCCUACUUCAAUAAGUGAAAGGAUACUCAAGUAUACCUAUGGUACUAAUUACGCACCAAUUUUUAUAGAGGGAGUUCAUCCAGAGAGCAAACGAUUUAAAGCAAAAGACGGUAGUAUUAGAUGUAAUGAUGUCUUCAGCAAACUUGUAACAACUGGGCAAAUCGUGAAAACGGGCGAAACACAAAUAACAAGGACAUAUUAUACUCUUUCAAGUGAUCAGAAGGCUAUGUUGUGUACAAUAUAUGCUUCAGAGAGAGAAGAUCCUGUUUACAUUGAUGAUGACGGAUGCUUUGAGAUAGGACUACUGAGGAUAGAGUUCGAUGAGGAAAAUAAUACGAGUCAAAGAGAGGUUUCACUAUCUAUGUUAUUUGGUGGGACGGAAAUCAUCGUUGAAGUGGAGGACAAAUAUACUGGUAAAAAGAAAAUAACCUCUGUUGAUUUUCUUGGGUAA